AUGGCUCAGGCUCGUCGUACGAUUUACCAUAACUCAGAUGCUAAGCUCUUCAGUCCUCGCCACGAUGUGACUGGAGCAGAAAAGCAGUUCCAUCAGUCGCUACCCUCUUAUGAACCAAGUCCACUCGUCUCUCUCGACAAGCUCGCAAAGGAAAUAGGAGUGGCCAAGGUGUUUAUAAAAAACGAGAGCAACCGCCUGGGACUUCCGUCGUUUAAAAUCCUCGGUGCUUCAUGGGCUACAUAUCAAGCCGUUUCAUCGCAUCUUGGUCUCUCAAACCCGUCGUUAGAUGAGCUCUCUCGUGCAGCUUCAAGUGCACGUAUCAAGCUACUCGCUGCUACGGAGGGUAACCAUGGAAGAGCCGUUGGCCGGAUGGCGAAGAUACUGGGUAUUUCGUCCGAGAUCUUUGUCGGCAAGAAUCUCGACCAGCACACUCGAGACUUGAUUGCUCGCGAAGGGGCGACAGUCACCGUCGUGGAGGGAGACUAUGAUGAGGCGGUUUCUACGUCACUGGAGAAGGCAAAUGAAUCUCCGAAUUUCAUUUUAAUUCAAGAUACUGCCUUUAAGGGAUACGAAAAAAUCCCCGCAUGGAUUGUCCAGGGCUAUUCUACGAUGUUGACUGAGAUUGAUGACCAGCUGAAAGAUAUGGGUCUUGAGCAUACUGUAAUGGUGACGCCUGUUGGUGUUGGCUCCCUUUGCCAGGCGGUUGUCUCUCACUGCAAGGCGAACAGCCGAGCGAUGUCGGUUCUCACUGUUGAACCCGAUGUGGCUCCCUGUCUAUACAAGAGCCUGAAGGCAGGCCAGAUGACUCGGGUGAUGGCAACAAAGACAAUCAUGAGCGGACUGGAAUGCGGCACUGUCUCGACAAUUGCGUGGCCAAUUCUACAGUCUGGAGUCGAUGCCAGUGUUACUAUCUCUGACCAUGAGGCCCAUCAGGGAGUGCAGUAUCUAAGCUCAAAGGGGGUGAACGUAGGACCCUGUGGUGCUGCUGGUCUAUCAGGACUACGACACGUUGCUAAAACGCUGCCUUCAUGCAUCGGCCUAUCUCCCGACUCAGUUGUCGUUAUUAUUGGUACGGAGGGGAGCCGUCCAUAUACUAUACCCAAGGAUGUUUCUUCAGAUGACUCUGUCGAGUUAACUCAGAUUCUCACGCAAAUCAACUCAUCUAACCCAUCGGCCUCGAACCCCAGUGGCGUUGGAGAAAGUGAUAUAUCGGACUACAUCAUUUCGUGGCUAGAGCACCGAGACCUGGAAGCACAUCGGUUGGAAAGCACAGUCGGCAGGCCCUCAGUGAUGGGCGUACUCCGUGGAACUGGUGGAGGCAAAUCUCUCAUGCUGAAUGGUCAUACGGAUACUGUCACAUUGGAUAGUUACUCGUCAGACCUCAACCCUCUUUCCGGAGAGCUGGUGGUAUCCUCUGAUGGACGUAAAAGGAUCGUUGGACGCGGCACUCUGGAUAUGAAAGCUGGCAUUGCAGCUUCUAUGAGUGCGUUGGCAUCUGCUAAGCUCUCAUCUCCUCCGCCCCGAGGAGAUGUAAUAUUAGCAGCAGUUGCAGACGAAGAGUUUUCAUCUAUCGGUACCAAGGAGCUGUUAAAAGCUGGCUGGCGCGCUGACGGCGCCAUAGUGGUCGAACCAACUCAGCAGACAAUUGCCCACGCACAUAAAGGGAUGACGUGGCUGGAAAUUGAGAUAUUGGGCGUUGCUGCCCAUGGAUCCAGGCCCAACGAUGGAGUAGAUGCAAUUCUACUUUCAGGGUACUUCCUAACUGCACUGAAAGAGUACGAAGCUACACUGCCUGAAGAUAGUGAUCUGGGCAAAGCCUCUCUCCACGCCAGCUUGAUCAAGGGUGGAAUAGAACCAAAUAGCUAUCCCGCCUCGUGCAAGCUCACGGUGGAGUUUAGGACCAUCCCGGUGCAGUCAGCAGAGUCAAUCGUGGCAGACGUCAUUGAAAUAUUGACUAAGAUCAAGAAGCGUGUGGUGGGAUUCAAGUAUCGCCUUCCGCAGGUGGUGGCUCACAAAGCUCCGUUUGAGAUCGCGAAGGAUCAUCCCCUGUCUAGAUGCGUGUAUGAUGCUACAGGCAAGGUGUAUGGCACGAACUGUGCGUUCCAGGCACUGGAUCCCUGGACUGAUGCAGCACUGCUUCAUGAUGCAGGCAUUCCUUCUAUCGUAUUUGGACAAUCGGGUGCUGGCCUUCAUUCGGAGUAUGAAUGGGUAGAUGUUGAGAGCAUUCGACGGACCGAGGGUGUGCUAUCCACCGUGAUAGAAGAUUUCUGCUCUUGA